CCGGAAGGGAAGGCCCGAGCUCAAGAAGAAGAGGAAAAAGAAGAAGAAGAAGCAGCAGUGGCGGACACCUACGUCGCUGUGAACGAAAGACGAAAAAGUGCUCUUCCCCCUGGUGAGGUCGGUUCUUCUGGCUUGUGUCCUUGCCUCACCUGAAGAUUCCCUGACUCGGCUUCACCAAACCAAGCACCAGUGUCAAGAAGAAUUCCACCCUCUGUUCGUGGAUUGUUUGCUUUCCCCUUCCCCCCUCCCUUUCUGUCACUUCUCAACACUGCACUAUGGCAGGGCGAGGUGGACCUGCACGGCCCAACGGCACUACAGCAAGCAACAAGAUCUGCCAGUUUAAGCUAGUGCUUUUGGGGGAAUCCGCUGUUGGAAAGUCCAGCUUGGUGUUACGCUUCGUAAAGGGUCAGUUCCACGAGUACCAGGAGAGCACGAUCGGAGCUGCCUUCCUAACACAGACAGUAUGUUUGGAUGAUACAACAGUCAAGUUUGAGAUCUGGGACACCGCAGGACAAGAACGAUAUCACAGCUUGGCACCAAUGUACUACAGGGGCGCCCAAGCUGCCAUUGUGGUCUACGAUAUAACCAACACAGAUACAUUCUCACGUGCAAAGAACUGGGUGAAAGAGCUGCAGCGACAAGCCAGUCCAAAUAUUGUUAUUGCACUGGCAGGGAACAAAGCUGACCUGGCCAACAAGAGAGCUGUAGAUUUCCAGGAAGCACAAGCAUAUGCAGAUGACAACAGUUUACUCUUCAUGGAGACUUCAGCCAAGACUGCUAUGAAUGUCAAUGAGAUUUUUAUGGCUAUAGCCAAAAAGCUUCCGAAGAAUGAGCCCCAGGGUGGAGCAGCCGCUGGUGGACGAGCCAGAGGUGGCGUGGACCUGCAGGAUCCUCCACCCCAGGGCAGAGGUGGCCACUGCUGUGGGGGUGGGAACUAACACACCACCUGAUCCAACCAACUUGCAACUUUAAUCAACCAGACCAGAUAAUAGCCAGCUGUUAAGCAACGUCAAAUUGGUGAGACCAGGCCAUGGUCGGACCACCUACCCAAAGAGCGAAACCUCUUCAAUUAAGUGUUUGGCAAAUGGGACCACUGGCCAGUAAACUGCCAGACCCCAGUGAAGUUUCAACUAAUGAACCACCCAACAGGCCUAUUUCCAGAAUCAUGUUUUAACCCCAGGACUUACCAGUUCAUGAUCUCUAUUGAUGAACUUUUGACAUUGAUGUGGGGGGGUGGGAGGAAAACCUGACCAUUCAAUAUCAGUAACACUUAGUGGAGUCACUCACUCAUCUUUUAGUUAAUGUAGAGGAAAAAUUGACCUAACAGGGAAGCAUAUAAAUAGGCAUGUUGGCCAUGUUUGUUUUCUUCUACCCCCCCCAUCCCAUGCACCUUAAAAUUCUCAAGUCUUUUCAUCAUGGUCCUACAACAUUGUUAAAACUUAUUUCUUGAGAGGGUGGACAGGUGCUUGUAGAAAUCCCCCCCCCCCUCUUCCUGGUCUGUCCUGGGUAAGAUGAAGAGAAGGCAAUUAGCCAGCUAUUUCCUUCUUGAUACAGCCGCAUUGAUUGAAAUACAUUGUCAUCACUAUUUUUGCUUCACCUACUUCUGACAUGAGCUGUUCAGGAUGAUUUGAAAGCCUUACUUUAGGUUUUACAUUCAUUUCUGUAUUAUGAAGCCUAUACAAUGAACUAGUAGUACUUUAUUAACAUUGCCGCAGUAAAUAAUUUUAGCAUUAAUAUAAUGUUUUUUUGAAUCAUUAGUGUACAAUGAUGAAUACAUAAGAUGUUUUCUUGACCAAAAUCACACCUGUAUAUUGAAAAUGUAUUUUCAUCUGAAUUUCCAAGUUUCUAAUCAGUUAUUGGCAAAACAUUCUCUCCAUGUUUGUCAUCCUUAUUUUUGUGGCUUUUUUUUCUCACCACCACCGUUUUUUGUUUUUUUUUAAGUUCUGUGGUAUUAAAUGCACUGGUUCUUCACAUCUUUGUGCAUUGAGUUAUGCUCUGCUUGCUUUCCUUUUUGCCUGACAUUCUUUAUUUUCACUCUUUAUAAUAAGGCAGGAUUGCUUGGAUCAACAUCUAGCGGUAAUAAUACCUGCUCUGCAGCGACUGCUGCUAAGUGGGCAAUAAAUGGAAUGGUGGGGUCAUGAAUAGAGUGGAAGAAAAAUGCAAUUUUACCAAUAAACAUUGGGAAGGUCA